AGAAUCCACCAGAUGCAGCUUUGAAUCCCACGAGCAAUUCAGUGCCGGCACCCGUGGAAGAAAUCAUCUUUGACAACGAGGACAGCACAGAGCUGCAACUCGCCAGGCAGACAAUCGAUCGAAUCGCAGGUUUUCAAGGCGUUUAUGUCAUGAAAAUUGAACUACCCCAGACAUCGUGUACUACAACAGGGUUGAUGGAUACUAGGCAGUACUAGUAAUUUUGUAAAAGCUAAAGCGAAAAUCUAGAGCAUCAAUCUGUAGCUGCUCCAGAUUAGUUCUUAGAUCUACUGAUUUACUACAUGUGGGUGUUGUAUCUUCUCCUGGAUCUGUAGUCCAAGAAAAGCCCAUCAGCAAGAUUGACUUCAACAACAUACUACAACAUAGAUGUUGAUUUUGAUUUCUUAUUCUCUUCUAAAGACAGAACGAAGGCGAUCACAUAUCCCAUUCGCAUAUAGUACAGGAAGCAGUAUCAGGAAUCGUCGGCCGCGGUGUCAAGGAGCAUGUAGAUGUGGUAAAUUCACUUGCUGACGUCGUCGCUCUACGUGAGGAUGAGCCACCUCCAAGUCAAAUCUCAGGGUCAAAGUCCCCUCCCAACCCCACUUUGAACCCGGACUCCUUGGAGAGUACCGACGAGCGAAAAGCCAAUGCAGGCAUGCACUCCCGGACGGGUGCGGUCGCGUGGGCCUCGCCAUCUACUUGCUCUAGUACAGCAGCGCUGCAACUGCACGGUGGACUACUUCCACCAAGCAGUGAUGAUCAUAAAGGAGCCGGGAGCCAUACGCCAGAGAAAAAUGCUUUAGCGAGCGAUGCGGCACAAGAGCAGCUUUGGGUUUUGAAUGUAGGAGAGCAGAUGAGUGGCGUAACAGUUGCGACGAUCGUCGACACGAGUACCAGCGGCCGGGACACAACCGACGCGAACAGCGAC